CUGUUUUGUUUUGAAUCUUGAAGUUCGUUUGUGUUUAAAAUAUUAAAAAUAUUGAACUUUAAUACUGUUGGAUACGAAUUUACAUGUGAAGUGUAUUACUUAUCAAGUAUUCCAUGUUUAAACUAUGAUUUAUAGCUAUUAACAUUUUAAGAAUAUUUUUUGAGUAUACAAGAGAAUUAUGAAAAUGGAAACUGAUGAAAUGUCCUUAGAAGAUAAAUGUGAGCAUCUUAUGAACAUAGUUGUGGAGUCCCGUAAGAGGUUCGGUAAAAUGUGUAUUGAUUACGAACAAAAAAUGUCUCUUGUAGAAAAUAAAAUGCUUAAUUUGCAAAUAGAAACAAUAUCAAACUACCGUUUUAAGUCCAAAAGUGCUAUACCUAAUAUAAAUAUUGAAGAUAUGAUGAAGGAAGUUGAUGAGUUUAAGGAUGAAAUAACAAAUAGUCAGAAAAGGGUUGAUAGUUUGAAACAGAAUGUAAAGAACACUCAGAAUGUUGUGCUGCAGCUGAAAGCGGACAGUGUGGGAAGGAAGCUGAGAAAACCUUUAACAGUACAGGCGAUGUUAACAGAUGCUAAGAGUAAAUUAAAAACCUAAAAUGUCGUUUUAUUUAUUUCAAUUGUGA